AUGAGUGUGGAGCGGAAACUAAGGAUCGAUACUGACCACGCUGCCUGUAGUGAAGCAUGUCCGGUGUACCAGAGGCAACUGGAGAAGCGUAGAAGUAAAGCUUACUUUAGUAUAUGUCCGCCCGAAGCAAAGCAUGAUACUGCACCCGCCCUCAAUCGACUUAACACGUUCCAGAUUGACUCCAUACACUUCGAUACAACAAUCUCCGGCACACUCUCUACCCAUUUUUGUCUGGCUCCGCAAUCCGAUGCCGAUCGCUUUUUAUUGCUGGAUGCUCUAUCUCUAUCGGACUUAGGCAACCAACUCACCAGACUAUCUGGUCCAGAUCUUACUUCUUCUGGAUCCGUUUUCGACUCAACACCGGGACGCACACUUGCCGUUAGUAUUGAGGGAGCCCCUGACCCCCCCAACGCAGUCGAGCCAAUGCUGCCAGCGUUCAUCAGUCGUCCUGGUCCUGCGUUUGGGGUGAGGGAUGAGGUCUUCCGAGCUCCUGUGAUCGUUUACAUACCACCGGAUCGGACUCGAGACAUUCAACUAAUCGAGUCACACUGUCGUUCGGUUACAUCCGUAUCCGACUCAGCUGCCCCAUGCCCCCACGAUGUUAUGAUCUUUGGUGAUUUCAACCUAGCGGGCAUUGCUUGGAUUCCAACGCAUAGUGGCUUCUUCCAACCUGACUAUGCGAUCUCUUCUCUUCAUGCCGGAGCCAUUAAGCUUCUCGAUGGAUACAGAAUUGCUACCUUGCAACAGAUUAACGGCACCAGGAACGAGAACAAUCGAUCUUUGGAUCUUUGCUUCGUCAGCGACCGUGAUUUGGCUCCAUACAUCGCUGCUGCUCCUAUACCGUUGGUGAAACUGGCGCUACACCAUACUCCGCUGAUCGUUGCGAUUGAGAGCAAUGCGGAUCACGAUUUUGUUAUUAUUCCCACUGCUGUCUCAUAUAAUUACCGGAAGGCUGAUCAUCGUGGAAUUGCAGACGUACUUUCUAAUUUGGAUUGGGAGCGAGUUCUAGACCCCGUUGACGUCAACGCUGCGGCACAAACGUUUUCACACGUGUUAUCUUACGUAAUCGACAGACACGUACCGAAGAAGACUGCUCGUGCUGCCCCUAGCGCACCGUGGAUGACGAGGGAACUCAAAUCCUUAAAGACUACUAAACGGGCGGCUUUCAAAAGAUUUACAAGAUCUCGUACAUUAACGUUGAAACAGCACUACGUUCAACUAAACCAUGAAUACAAGCGCUUGAGCAAAUCCUGCUACCAACGAUACCAGAGAGGGAUCCAACGAAGGCUUAAAACUCACCCGAAAUCCUUCUGGAAUUUUGUGAAUGAGCAGUGUAAGGAAUCCGGAUUACCAUCCUCCAUGGUCUUUAACGGUGUCACCGCUUCGUCACAUCAAGAAAUCUGCAACUUCUUCAGUUCCAAGUUUGCCAGUGUGUUUUCGGACGAGGAAUUAUCUGCUGACCGUAUAUCACUUGCUGCAGAAAAUGUCCCAUUGUCUAAUCGAGUGAUUAGUAACAUCGACCUAACUGAUGCGACAAUUUCAGAUGCCAUCUCGCGAAUAAAAACCUCGUUCAAUUCAGGACCUGACGGCAUUCCUUCAUCGCUGCUCAAGAAACAUUCCGACAGUCUUCUCUCACCACUUCAACACAUUUUCAGACUUUCUCUUUCAAGUGGUACGUUUCCAUCGUGUUGGAAGUCGGCCCAGAUGUACCCUGUCUAUAAGAAAGGAAGUAAGCGUGACAUUAACAACUAUCGAGGUAUAACUUCGCUAAGUGCCGCUAAGUUUGAGCUGGUGGUGUUUGAUCCGAUGGUUUCGUACUGUAAACAGAUCAUUUGCUCGGACCAACAUGGGUUUUAUGCUGGGCGCUCGACGACGACAAAUCUAUUGUGCUUGACAUCGUCAUACUAUCAGUGA